AUGAAUUUUGGAUUUUUGAUUACUGUAAUUUUUUUGGGAGCUGUUGGUGGAGAAACGUGAGUUUGUGGAAGAAAAAAAAUAAAGACCACCUGCGUUUCGAGAAAUUAUAAGGUUAAACUAACUAGAGAACGUUUUUGAUGUUAGAAGUAUUUGAUAUCAAAAAAUCAAACUUCUGAAUUUGUAUUUUUCAGGAGCUUUGGGUUGAGAUUUUGAAAAUGUUUACAAGUUUUCUUGAAAAAAUUCACCGAUUUCUAGUCGUUCUAGAAUUUUAAAGGCAGCGUGUUUCAGCAAAAAUUUUUAAAAAAUUGACGAUAGCUUCGCUACCGCCCGAAAGCGAUAAACACACAAAACACGUGAAUAUAUAAAUUUCUGGUGUGACCGACGGUUCACGGGUUGUGUGUGCGGCCAUCGUUUGUGUGGAAAAGGGGCGGGGCUUAAUUGAGUGAGCGCAUUUUUUUAAAUGAAAAUCGAUGAAUCUCGAAUUUCCAGUGGAAAAAUUGCGGAAAAUUCGAAUUUUUGAGUUUCGUUUCUCGAAACUUUGACCAGAAAAAUUCAAAUUUUUGAAUUUCGCGAUUCUUUUUCAAAAGUUCCCCAACAAAAUUCUUAUUUUCCAGCGUCCAAACCACAACGUAAGUUUAAUAUCACUCCGUAAGUUUUUCUCCGAAAAUUCCCCAUUUUCUAGAUUUCCAAGUUUCGUAGAUGAUGUUCAGAAUCUGACACAAAGUGUCGUUUAUUCUUUCGCUUCACUUCUGAAUCAAUACAUUCUGGAAAUGACUGGCUAUAAUUUACAGUAUUUUAACAGUUUUUCAAAGUCAGUUUUUUGUCCAGAAAAAUUUCUUGACCUCGAUUUUUCAGCAUCACUUCGGAAUCUUUGACUUUUGGGAACUCGCAAAUUUUAAGACUUUCGAGAGCUUUGGAGAGUUUUCUCGAAAUGUUUUUCAAUAAUUUAUCGGGGCAUUCUGGAACUCUUACCACGUGCGUUUCAAAUUUGAAUAUAGAUUUUCAAAACGUAAUUUUUCAGAAUUCUUUCCGAGACCCUGAUUUUGGCUAAUGAUGCAGUUCACAAUAUAACUGGAAAUGUGAACAAGAUUCAAGAAAUCGUUGACAAUAAUGUUCAUCUUCCGGAAACUCUUCAGAAAUUACAGUAAGCUAUAUUUUUCGUUGACUUGAGAAAUUAUUGAUUUUCAGAAAUUUCAUGCGGGUUUUGUUUUGA